GGCGCCAGGUUGAGCACUGGAGAAGGAUGGAUCGGUGAGGAGGAGGCAGGAGAGUCGCAUCCAGAGGUCCACAGAGAGGAGGGAAGAUGCUCCGCGCGCCAGAUCAGAUAGCCUAUGCAUUUAUGAAAUAUGACAACUCCACGCCUACUACCGGAGAGACGCCUCGCAUAGCCUAUAUUAGCGGUUUCCCUCCAUUUCCGUUGCAGGAUGGCCGGUCAGGUGCUACGUGUGUCUCGGUCCACAUCAUGAGUAGCGCGCGGUGUUGCGUCUGUGUGUCAACUCAGAAGAAAUGCCUUCUCACCCAAGUGAUUUUUUCUCUCUUUUCCUCGGCUGUUGCAUAGUCUACAUCAGCAGGUCGGAUCGCCUUGCUUUUGUGUUUCCGUGGCCACUGAUUGAAUGGCUAUCAUGACUUGUGCCCCCCAGGACUGUGAAGCUACGGAAUCAGGAUGAAAAUCCCCCAUUGUGUGUCCCUUCGACCCCUCAGUAAUUACACCCGGUAAUUAGACUGGGAAUCUCGGUGAAAUGAACUGAUUAAACAAUGCAAAGACCUUCAAUAUAUCGACAUAAAAGACAAAGAUGUUUCCUGGCUGUGAAUGUAUUUAAAUAUUGCAAUGGGGAAGAGUUUGGACUGAAAGACAGAGAGAUUUGAUAACAUAGUGGAAGAGACAGAAGCCUGGAGGUGAAGACAUGGUCAUCACUGAUAGAAACACCGCCACCCCUGUACCUAAAAAGGAGCCUCAGAAGAAGACGAGGAGGAAGUCUCGCCCUCAUGGCCUGCCCUCUCCGGCACUCUGCUGUGCCUGUGGCCUAUGCAUCAUGCUGGCUGGACUCAACAUCACCCUGGUUGGAGCGUUUGCCUUCAGCACGCUGGUGCCUUCUGCCAAUCCCCCUAUCAUCAUCGGACCUAUCCUCCUGCUGGUGGCCUUUUCCUUUUUCGGGGCCUGUUGCGUGUGUAGCCGCCUCCCCCCUCCCCACAGCUCACGGAGGUCUAAGGUGGGCAGCAGAGGUGCAGGGUUGAUGGGACAUGGCGGGCUGGCUGGUGGGGCAACGUUUGAAAUAGAGACCAGCGAGCACACACUGCAGGAUACUACAGCUGUGCAACUAAGCCCCACAUCCUCCCCUGGAUCAUCCCAGGCCUCCAGCCCAGAAAAGGAGACUCCUGACGUGGCCCUACCAGGACACUGCAAUCUUUUCACCAUGGAGACCAACGGCCCUUCUGUUUCCGCCACCGCAGUCUACUCAGCCUCCACAGCGGCAGGAGGGGAGGUGAAGCUCAACCUGCCACGUGAAGAAGUCGCCUAGCAAAGCAGAAUCUCUUCCAAUACCGGAGUGAUACCAGUGUAAAUAUCCUUCUGGGUAGAGGGCUUGCUGAGUGUGAUUGUGUUCUCUAUUUUAUGUAGUGCCAUAUUUCUGGUUGUGAACAGUUCGCUUUUGAUUUUCUUGUUGUGCAGCCAACUGGUAAUUAGCAUGCAAAGUUGAUGAAACAUCCAAGUGUUUGUGGCUCAUAGGUUUUGGAAUUCAAAUUCCUACCUCUCUUGUGCUGUUUUCCUACAGGUCUUUGUUUUUAAAGUAGGGCAAUGAACAGUUUUCGUUUAGAAAUAUAAUAAAAAGUGUCGGAAACCAUGAACAUUUAAAUUCCACUGUUACUCUGGUUUGUUGUAGCCUCAGCGGUCGGCAGUGAUUUCAGAGAGCUGGAUUGAAAAAUAGGAUUGUCUAUUUGUUCUGAAAACUUAAAGAUUAUAUGUGAAAGGUCAACAGUGAACUGUACAGGUACAUUUGUAGUGACAUCUGGCAUUUUGUGUGUCAUUCUCAGUGGUGAACCUGUUUUGGGGGCAUUAGAUAUUAUAGGUCAUAUGGGUCCCAAAGCAAUAUCCUCUCACCUGACAUUACAGUCUCUGCAUUUAUAGUUCUUUUUACAAGUAAGGGAUAACACACUGCUUGUCAGCCAAUACAUUUGUAAUGAACAACAGUGCAUAGAGAACAGUGUGUUACAGUAAAAUAACAUGUAACUGUGUACAAGCGUUACCUGUAGUUUGACAAACAGCUGUCAUCACACCAAUAUUAACACUGUGAAUAUGUUUCUCAGCACAUUGCUUUCUGAUUUCACAUGAAAGCAAUGAAAGCAAUGUAGUCGCAACUCCUCUUUUUUUUUAAACUUUAUUUUGAUUUUUCCAUUCAAAGUUCGGAUAGGUAGGCUACAAAAUCACAAGUAACAUCUCCCAUUGCCACCCCCAUCCAUACCAGGGUCAACAUACAUAAAUACAUACAUCAUACAUCAUACAUACAUACAUACAUCAUACAUACAUACAUACAUACAUUCAUACAUACAUACAUACAUACAUACAUACAUACAUACAGUACAUAUACAUACAGUACAUGCAUACAUACAUACAUACAAACACAUACAUACAUACAUGCAUACAUACAUACAUGCAUACAUACAUACAUGCAUACAUACAUACAGUACAUACAUACACACAUACAUACAAACAUACAUACAUACAUUCAUACAUACAUACAUACAUACAUACAUACAUACAUACAUACAUACAUACAUACAUACAUACAUACAUACACUACCGGUCAAAAGUUUGGGGUCACUUCGAAUUUUCCAUUGCACUCCAUUAUAGACAGAAUACCAGCUGAGAUCGGUUGCAUUGUUGCAUUUGUGAUGGUAAGGUAAUAGGUUGUUAAGGGUUAAGUGGAAAAAAGUGCUUGUUUGCCUAAAGGUUCCCUGCUACACAAAAACUGUUUUUACUUGCAUUUUUUGAAAUAUUUUAGGUCCAUAUGUGUUUGUGUUAAGUUGUGAAUGUGAAAAUGAACUGCUACCUCCUCUGUCAGCUCUAGCCACUGAAUGAGUGGAGAAAUCAGGCCAAUUACAAAAGCUGGUCAGUCUGAUGUCAUGUUGCCUUAGCUUAUUACUAGAGAUAGUUAUUCAUGAGAUGGCUGGGUAACAGAUAUUGAUUGCCAGGCUCUCAUUGGCUAGCUGUUAGCCAAUCAGACUCAAGCAGCUUAGCUCAUUGAAUAUGAAUGAGAAUUGGAACAAAUCGAGUCUUCUUGGAGGCUUUGUUUACCACACUAGAAUGGCUUGAAACCAGGUAAACAGGGCAUUUUUUGUUAAAGAGUCCAUAGCAGAACUUCAGACAAUCCCACAAAUGUAAUGAAAAAUUUAUGGAGGGGCACCUUUAAGAUGGAAUUGUCUUCUGAAUUGUUUCCAGAGUCUAAGGGAUUUUUUACAUUGGUAUUUGCAGUGUAGACACCCAGACUUAAUAGAGGUAAUGGAGAAGUCAAUAGCAACCAAGUCGGAAAAAGCGGUAAUCCAGCAAGGUAAUUUAGACGUGUUUGCACAAAUUAUGAUGUAAAUUGGGUAGACUUAGUUCACCUUUCGGUUUUGACCUUUCCAGAUAUAUCUUUUCGCACACAUGGAUUAGAUUUAUUCCAAAUAAACGUAGAGAUAUAUAUGCCCAUUUGUUUAAAAAAUGAUUUGUGUUAAAAAAUGGGGAUAUAAGAAUCUUCUCAUUUUUAACAGAAUUAGUGUGCCCUGCUGAAAAAUAGGGAGUCAAAUCACAGUUUUAAGGUCAAGCUCAUCAUGCUAUUUCAUAUACAUUCAUAUAUGUAUAUAUAAGUGAAAUUCAGUUUAAUUCAUGAUCCAAGUGGAAUAGGACACUGACUGUACCUCACCGUAAGGCAUUGAAAUGUCCCUAUGAUGAUUCUUUUCAUCAUGAAUUUGAAAUUACAGUGAGACCCCACAAAAGAAUGUUUUACACAUGUGAAUUUCACAUUAUUGAAUUCUUAUUUUUUUAUGUCCGGUACAAGACAAACUAACUUCACAUUCAGAAGAAGUUAAUCUCCACUGGACCUUGUGUACACAAUAUGGGGGAGCAAAGAAGUCUGACAGAGUUUAGAUAUCAGAUUGCAUAAAAGAGUAACUGUUUCCUGUCACUGUGAUGUCUUCUUGUCAGUUAUGAACUCGACUGGUCAAAAGAGGUAGUCAAACCCUGAUUUCCUUUGAAAGGAAAGUUGCCUUAGACUGAGAUAUCAGAAUCAAACUAAUGAGGGCUAUAACAAAAGUGCACAAUAGCAUUUAGCUUCAGAAAGCCUUUGUUUGGCUCUGGAUUUCUAUUCCAUAUUGUAAAAAAAAAAGUCUCAACACGUUUUCUGUUUGUGUGGGUAUAACAAAUGCAUGCAAAUGGCUUAAAUGUUUCAUGUCAGCAGAUGUUUAUAUAUAUAGAGUGAACACCUGCAUACAGAUACACAGUCCAGUGACCAAAGCAUUACCAUAUACAGUGUUUACCUUCAUUACUUGGGACACAGCUCCUCAAAUGGACCAGUUGCUCUUUCAAAGCUCUCUCUCGUGCUAAGCUUAAUUUUUGCAAGUUCAGAGAACUGAAUCAUGGAAAUGUGAACAUCCUGUUGUGAAGUAUUGGUGUUAUCUGUGUAUUUUAAUUUCUGUAGCACUUCUACAAAAAAAUGAAAAUCUAGAAAAUAUAAAGGAUAAUAUUUUUGUGAAGAUUAUAAUUUGUUUAUUUUUUAAAGAAAAGCAGCGUUACAAAUGUGAAUCUUUCAGAAGAUACAAAUAAAAAAAGCUCUUUCAGUAGAACACGAGGUUGCUCAUUGUGUACGUGUGGCAUGACACUGUUCUUGCUAGAUUGCAUUUUGUGUCGUGUAAAAUGAAUAAAAAUGUCCAACUGGG